GCUGAACUAUAUAAGUGCUUUCUCUGUCUCAACAUAUAGAGACACGGAGGUAAAGAAGACAGACCACAACCGCUGCAUGAUAUACAGCUGAAUGAGUCUUACCAUUAUCUACUUUUGUCUUGCAACUCUUAACACAUAAAAAGCAAUAUGGCAGGUGCGAGCUUUGAGCAGGAGUUUCUGGAUACCCACAAUGCAUACAGGAGAAAGCAUGGCACCCCUGAACUGACCCUGAGCAGAGACCUGUGCAACUCUGCUCAGGAAUGGGCAGACCAUUUGGUAGCAAUCAAUACCAUGCAGCACAGCAACACGAACAAUGGAGAGAACCUCUACUACACAUGGAGCUCUGCCCCCAAUACUCUAACAGGGAAGGAGGCUGUCGACAACUGGUACAGCGAGAUCAAAGACUACAACUUCAGCGAACCUGGAUUCACCUCAAACACUAGCCAUUUCACCCAGGUGGUGUGGAAGGAGAGUACUGAGGUGGGGGUGGGCCUGGGGAUUAAUGGCGAGACUGUCUUUGUGGUAGGCCAGUACAACCCAGCAGGAAACAUGAACAUGGAGGGAUACUUUAUAGAUAACGUCCUCCCUGAAGGUGGCGGCGAGAAGAGAACCUCUGGUUCAGACACCUCAAGCCAACCACCUCGCUCCGAGGCAACAUGCACUGUGCUAUAGGAGCCAUAGUGAUCAGCCUUCUCCUGUCUGCAUGUCGACGGACCCUCAUCGUUGGUCAUAUUGGUCUGCAGCUGCUUCACUCCGUAACAGGCGUACCAAUCGACACAAACCAUCCCCAAUCACCUUCACUGUAAGAAAGACGUACGGUUUUGUGUACUUUAAAUGAAAAAUAAAGUUUUGCUUUUACUUUACAAGA